AAUUCACGCGUGUCAUUGCCUAAGUUCAGUACCUGGGCCUUAGGUGUAAUGUUAGUAGUGUCCUGGCUGAACCUUUGCUCUGGUUUCUGUAAGAGACACUGGUAGUUCCUGACAGAACAUGAGUGCAGAAGUUUGCAGUUCUUUCUCACCUGUAGCACUCCAAAAUACAUAUUGCCAUGAAGUUCUCUGCAGUUGGUGUUCUGAUUUGCUCUUCCCUACAUCCUUGCAUCCCUAAUGUCACUUCCAGCAUCUCAUUGCUCCAGACCCAAGGCUGAGUCAGAUCCUGGGGAGUCUUCCCUGAUGAAAACGCACAAGAUCAAAUAUAAAAAUAAAAACAACUGCAUAAAACCAAUACAAACCCAACACUUUGAGUUCGGGCAGCUUAGUGACCAGAGGAUGCUCUGCUUAAACAAUUAGGCUCCUUAUUCCAUCAGCAUGUCUGACGGAACAGGCCAGCUGCUUAAGCUGUGAUUAUCUUAAAGCUGUCCAAGUCAGCUGCUUGUCUGACACUGCAGGAAUUUAAAGAGCUGAGCAGUAGGUAAGGAGACAGCAAAGCAGCAGCCCUGUUCUCCCUGCCCUGCGAGGAGAGAGCUCCAUGAGUUCAUCCGAUGCAGCAAGAAAUCAGGCAGCAGCAAUGAACUACCUGGAUGAAGUUCCCUUCCGGACAGCCAUGAGCCUCAAUGGGGACUCAGAGGGAGAAAUCCCUUUAGUCACUGCCCCGGACAUUGAGCUCCCUGACUGCACCGACAUCCUCGUGAGCACCAUGCACGACUUCUCGCUGGAAAGGAAGGUGCUGUACUGGGUGGAGGUGGCCUCUCAGCAGCAGACCUCCCGCCAUCGAGUCACCUCCGAAGUCGUCCCCACGGCUCCGCCGUGCUGGCUGCUGCUGGUGGACCCUGCCGACAGCUACGGGGGGCGGGGGCGGGACGGGGCAGUGCGGCGCUCCAUCAGCCUGAGCGCUGCCGACAGCUCCUACGGGAACGCCAAGGGCAGGGCGGUCCUGUCUGACACCGAGAGCGACACCUGGCACUCAGAUGAGGGGGAGUACUCGGAUGAUGAGUACUCUUCCACCUCUUGGGAAGAGAAUGACAAGGACGAAUCGCUCCUCUCCAGGAGGAGAAGCUCUGCGAGAAGUGUGUCUUCACGCCCUGGCUUUUACCAGACCCGACCAAAGACAUCACCCGGCUUGCUGGAGCCCUCGCCAGAGAACAAUAUCCACAGCCCAGCCAGCCCAGACCCCAGCAAGCAGAGAAGAUCCAUGGUGAUAUUUAACAACAUGAAGAACGAGCUGGAAGCCGCCAGGAGGAAGCUGGCUGCUUUGGUGCAUCCUUUGAACAGAGCUGCCACAGGGAGCAGGGGGAUCCUGGUGCCACGGCUGCUGCCCAGGUGCCCCGGCACCAACGGCAGCGUCAAGUACGGGCCAGAUCCGGAUGUGUCCCAGCAGGGGACUGGUGUGCCAACUCCUCUGGCCACAGCCACGCCGAUCCCUCCCAUCAAGCAGCACAAGCCCACGAUACCGUCCCUCAGCCCCUACACUUGCCUCCCCCCUGCCUCCACGCCUGGCCGACCUCUCAGCUGCCACAGAUCCCAGCCGGAUUCCUCGGCUGACCUGCUCUCUGCGCUGAGCCAAGAGGAGCGAGACCUCAUCGAGCCCGUCAUAGCCCUGGGCUACCCCACCCAGAAAGCCAUCCUCACCCUCCAGAAGACAGGAAGGCAAAGUUUAAGUCAGUUCCUGAGCUACCUGGGUGCCUGUGAUCGGCUGCUGAAGCAAGGCUAUGAGGAAGGGCAGGUGGAGGAAGCCAUGGAAAUGUUCCAAUACUCAGAGAAAAAGGCAGCUGAAUUCUUGCAUCUGUUGGCUCAGUUUAAUGAUAUGGGCUUCCAGCAAAAUGAAAUCAAGGAAGUUCUUUUGCUUUGUGGGAAUCAGAGGGAGAGGGCGCUGGAAGAGCUUGUGAUGAAAACCCACUGAGCAGCAUCCUGGAGCAGUCACAGCUUCCCCUCUCCACACCAGACCAGAAGGGCUCAGGCGAUUCUGCUGCUCUGUCCUCACCCCUGGAAGCACCAGACACACAACUUCAAAGCUCUGCCUUGGUGUCUCAUUUUAUGGACAUCGAUCAUAAGAGUGUUUGUCAUGCAGGCACUGACUGCAUAGCAGGAAUGUUUAUCUCCUCACCCACACAUCCCCACCCUUGAUCAUCUCAGCUAUUCAGAUUAGAGAAGAUCCAAAUUGCCUUUGGCUUAGAUUUUUGCAGAAACCAAACCAAACCAGUGUUCUCCCUCCACCUGGGGUGAUGGGUGUCAUCUUUUCAGCUACAAUCAAGUGGGGAUUCUUAAAAGAUUAUAUAAAUCAACAGAAUAAAUUGUUUUCCUAAAAUCUGAAGGCUCUUGCAGGAACAUGUGUUGGUCCUGGCUUGGGAAGAGUCUCAGCUGACUUAGUCACUAAUUGAAAUCCACUUUGAUCGCAUUAGCUUCUCCUUUUAAACCAGAAAUAUGAGGAAAAUACACAGUUCCAUGUGGAUAAAUAAAGAAAACAAGCUGCCCUUGCUCUGAAAUACAUGAGGUUUAUCCAGUGCAAUGAAAAAUGGUGGAGGCAAAGGUUUGUCCUUAGGCAACUUAAUGAGAUCAGAACAGAGAGAUGGGGAACUGCUCACUGCCCUCAUGCUCUGCCCAAAUCAGGAAAAUUCAGGGGAUGCUUCCCUAAACUGUGAAGACAGUGGUUCCAAAUUAAGUGAAGCAUGAAUGUCAGCAUCAGAAACAUCUGUAUGCCCAAGAGAAUUUCUGUAUGUAACUGAAGGACAGAGAAUGGGAGAUUCAGAUCACUGUACAGGAUGUGUGUCUUGGCUUGGCAGUGGAACAGUGGACAGUGUUUUCACAUAAAGUAUGUUAUUUUCCUGUGAAUUAGAAACAGAUGUAAUUUCUUUGA